UGAGAUGGUUAAUAGUUUUGUUACCUCUAGAAUCUGAAGUUUUGCCUCAUGGUCAUUCGGUAAACACCUGAUUUCUUCAGCUAGUCUAGCUGACUCUCCAACGCUUUCAGGUCCUUUUGUUUUUCUUACCAAACUCGUCUUUCAGUUGUUGUCUCUUGUUGUGUUCAUUUAAGAACAAUCCUUCAUACAACGGCUUCUCAAAUGUUCCCUGCAAAUACUCGGCCAGCUUUGGGACGUCUUGGCGUCGAAAUACAUCCCACUUAGCUCCUCCUGCACGUGAAGACGUGCAAGAAGACUCCAUGGUGUGACCGUGAUCCAAUAUGUUCUCUGCAUUCACACUCAACAUCAAUCUCUGGUUCAUUCUUCUCCUUAUGGACUCUCCCAAGUGUUAUUUUCCUUAGUAUUUACCAAACUAUUUUUUUGUCGUUACUAAACUAAUUAACAGCCUUUCUUUUAACAGCGUUAACAUUACCCUUUUUUGACAUACAGCGUUAGCAUUACUUAGGAUAGGAUAAAGGGGAAAACUAACUUGAGGAAAAUAACUAAUAUUAAAAAAGGAAUAACCGCUUCCCGCGUGUGUAAAACCUUUUUCUUUUUAAAAAAGAUCUUCUCUUUGCCUAAAUUUCAAAAGUUUUUUUUUUCUUUUGAAUCAUGGAGUGUAGGCCGUUAGAUCUGACGAUCAUAUCCGCCGAGGAUCUCAAAGACAUCCAACUCAUCGGCAAACAGGACUUAUACGCCGUCGUUUCAAUCAACCGCGACGCGAGGACGAAGCAGAAGACGAAGGUGGACAAAGAUUGCGGGACCAAGCCCAAAUGGAGACACCAGAUGAAGCUCACCGUCGACGACGCGGCGGCGCGUGAGAAUCGUCUCACCCUUGUGAUCGAGAUCGUGGCGGAUCGUCCCAUCGCCGGUGAUAAGCCCGUGGGAGAGGUUAGCGUUCCGGUGAAGGAGCUUUUGGAUCAGAACGAGGAGGAGGAGAAGACGGUGACGUACGCCGUGAGGCUGCCUAACGGGAAGUCCAAAGGUUAUCUCAAAUUCUCGUUCAAGUUUGGUGAGAAGUAUACUUUCGGAGGAGCUUCGAGUGCUCCUCACGCGCCUGGAUCAUCGACUCUGGAGCAUAAGGCUAUAGAUCAUCAGCCUGUAACGGCUUACCCGCCCGGACAAGGUGCCCCGGUUGCAUACCCGCCGGGUUCUUCCGGAUACCCACCACCAGGACAUGAUGAUAAACAUGGUGGUGGAGUUUACGGUUAUCCACCACCUGGAGGUCCGGGUGGCUAUCCUCCGGCUGGCCCUGGCGGGUAUCCACCACCCGGUGCAUACCCGCAACACCAACAUGGUGGAUAUCCACCCCAACAGCAAGGAGGUUACCCGGGUUAUCCACCACAGGGUCCGGGUUAUGGAUAUCCGCCACAAGGUCCAGGCUAUGGAUAUCCGCCUCAGGGUCCGUACGGUUACCCGCAACAGCAAGGUUAUGGUGGUAAACCGCAGAAGCCGAAGAAGCACGGAGGAGCUGGAAUGGGUCUAGGACUUGGACUCGGAGCUGGUUUAUUGGGUGGGUUACUGGUUGGUGAAGCUAUUGAUGAUAUAGCAGAUAUGGGUGGCGACUUUGAUUUCUGAUCUUCUGUUUUUGCUAUCUCUGUGUUGUGAUUAACUAUUUCAUUUUCUUAGGCAAAUGGUUCUAUGUUUUUCUUCUGGAUUAUCCUGUGAGAAAUCAACAUGUUCUGUUUUCUUGUCUGUGUGUUGUUUCUGGCUCUCUCCUAAUGAAAACUGCGUCAAGUUGAUAUA